AGCCAUGUUUGAAGUUAAUAUGAAAGAACGAGAUGAUGGCAAUGUUACUAUUAGUAAUCUAUCACCCAAGGCAGUGAAAGCUUUUCUUGAUUACGCUUACACAGGAAAAACAGAGAUAACGAAUGAUAAUGUGGAAAUGCUCUUCCAACUGUCGUCAUUUCUUCAAGUUUCACUCCUUUCCAAAGCUUGCAGUGACUUUCUAAUAAAAAGUAUUGAUCUUGUGAAUUGCUUACAGUUGCUUUCUCUAUCAGAAAGUUAUGGUUCUGUUCGCUUAUUUGAUCGUGCGCUAGAUUUUGUACAGCACCACUUUUCCUUGCUGCUCAGAUCAAAUGAUUUUUUGGAGAUUAAUUUUGAGAUAUUACAAAAAUGUCUUGAGGCUGACGAACUAAAUGUCCCAGAGGAAGAAUCAGUGUUGAAAGCUGUCCUUCAGUGGACCAAACACAACUUAGAAACACGACAGAAAUACCUGCCUAACUUGAUUAAAAAAGUGAGACUACACCAGUUACCUGAAAAGACUUUGCAGGACUUUCUAUAUUCUGAAGAACACUUACUUAAGAGUGCUAAUUGCUCAGUAAUAAUCAGUGAUGCAGUUAAAAGUGUGCAAAACUUUAGUGGGCUGUUUCCAGAUGCACGUCCUUCAACAACAGAAAAAUAUAUAUUUGUUCAUAAAACUGAUGAAGAUGGAGAAAACAGACAUACAUUCUGCUACAACAUCAAAACAGAUAAAUGGAAAGAACUACCACAUACGCACAUGAUUGAUCUGCCAGGGUCAAGUUUAUCUAGCUAUGGAGAAAAAAUAUUUGUAACUGGAGGAUGCAAAGGGAAUUGUUAUAGGACUGUCAGGCUUCAUAUUGCUGAACCAUUUCAUGAUGCCACUGACCAAACCUGGUGCUACUGUCCAGUCAGCAAUGAAUUCUCCAUAGUGUCAGCUAUGAAAAAACCAAGGACAAUGCACACAUCUGUUGUAACCUUAAAUCAGCUGUUUGUAAUAGGUGGAAAGACCAGAGGAGCUCAAGAAACCCGAAGUCUGUUGGAUGUAGAGUCCUAUAAUCCUCUUUCCAAAGACUGGAAAUCUGUAAGCCAAUUACCAAGAGGUAUCUACUAUCCAGAAGCAAGUGCAUGUCAGAAUAUAAUUUACGUCCUUGGCUCAGAAGUAGAGAUUACUGAUGCCUUUAAUCCAUCUCUUGACUGUUUCUUUAAGUAUAAUGCUAUGACUGAUCAGUGGUCUGAGCUUGUAGCAGAAUUUGGGCAAUUUUUCCAUGCAACUCUAAUCAAAGCUGUUCCAGUGAACUGUACAUUGUACAUAUGUGAUCUCUCCACCUACAAGGUCUACAGUUUUUGCCCGGAAACCUGUGUUUGGAAAGGGGAAGGAUCUUUUGAAUGUGCUGGCUUUAAUGCAGGGGCAGUUGGGACAGAAGACAAAAUUUAUAUAUUAGGUGGUGAUUACGCUCCGGAAGAAAUCACAGAUGAAGUUCAAGUCUACCAUAGUAGUAGGUCGGAGUGGGAAGAAGUUUCACCAAUGCCAAGAGCCUUAACGGAGUUUUACUGUCAGGUCAUUCAGUUUAAUAAAUAUAGGGACCCCUGGUCAUCUGUAUUGACAAUUUGCUCUGGAGAAUUUUGA